AUGGCACCUCGAGGGUUUAUAAACCCAACUCCAAAGACUGAAUCAGCGCGUUCUGCCUUAAGUUCUUUUACGUGUACCCUUUGCAAUAAAUCGUAUUCUCGACACCCAGAAUACGAAGCACAUAUUUCUUCUUAUGACCAUCAACAUCGCAAACGCCUACAGGAUCUGAAACAGUUAUCACGGGACCCUAAUGCUGCUGAGAAAGCAAGACGGGCAGAGAAAAAAGCCGAUGCAGAAGCUGGGCUAAGAGUAAUCGACACCAAUAAGAAUGGUACAACUACAGGAAUAGGAGGGGCGACCAAAGCUGGAGGUAGUGGAGGAGGAUUCAAGAAAGGAGGGUUCAAGAGCUCCUUUACAGCUGUGAAAGGGCCUGCAGCACCAACAAAGAAAAACGUGCUUGGGGAUUAUGAUGAUGACAAUGAUCAAUUGGAAAUAGCCGAAACGAAUGAACUUGUUCAAGAUCGACUGCUUAAUGGCUCAAGUGGCUUCCAACAUGACAAUACACAGAGCGACACCGAUGAAGAGUACGAAAAUAAUGGGGGAGGCGGUGAAUGGUAUGACCCUCGGAGACCGACAGAUUGUUCUUCAACGUGCACUGGGGCUAGAACAGUGAAAUCCACCCCUACUAUGGUGUAG